CCAACGAAUAUAAAUAUCCCACCAAUGAAAGAACAGAACAGAGGCCUGCCCCUUCCAAAACAGAGAAGAGAGAGAGAGAGAUUAGAGUAGAACUAGAAGUGGUAGCAGAUCUCAAAGCCUUUCCAUUGCGGAUCUCCUUCUGGGUCAUCCCCAGAGAGCAAUAUAGAAAUCGAGAAAAGCAAGGGGAAGAAGAAGAAGGGAGAGGUGUGUGCAGGCAGAAAGCUCAGGCCUUUUGUCUGAGAUUUGUUUCCCAUCUUCUCCAGAAAAAUCUUUUGUCCCCAUCCCCCCUUCCCUUCCAUUUCCCCGAAUCCCAUCCCAUCCCAUCCCAUGCUCUAUCCUCGCUACAGAAUACGAUUCAAUCCCGUCCCUUCUUGCCUUCAGUGUCAGUGUCGGCCUCAGCCUCAGCCUCAGCGCCCUUCCAUUAUCGCUCCGUACAAACACCAAUCCAUAUAAACAAAUCCUUGCUCGUAACCUCUGGAGGAUACGCAAAAACAGAGGCGCUUGAACAGCAUUCUUGACCGAGGAAGCUAUAAAAGAUCAAACCCAGAGCGCAUAGGAGGGAAGUGAAGAUUCCCAUAUUUUGGUGGCUGAAAAAAUGGGGACUGGUUGGAGAAGAGCGCUCUGUUCAACACUCCCUAAAGACCCAGAUUCCACGACGUCGGCCUCCUCCGAUGAGCAACCCAGUAGCCCGACGACGCUGGCGAAGUGCACAAAGCUGAGAUUUUUCUCGAACCCGUCCACGCCUCGCUUGAGCAAGACUCAGGCUCCGCAAGCUGUUUCGACCCCAACAUUGCGCUGCAGGACCGUGGCGGAAGCUGCUCAUGUGGCUAACAAUACGGCGGAGGAGAGUCCCAAGCUCCAAUGCAAGACCAAACCCGCCAUUCUUAAGGCAACGAAGAGCCCAAGAACGUUUCUCGGUUUCUAUUCCACUCCAUCCUCUCCACGCUCUCCUCUCAAGCUCUCUCUUUUCAGAAACAGCUUCAAGUUCAGAAGCGGUUGCGGCAUUUGCUCGAACAGCUUGAAGGCGGGUCAAGGCACGGCCAUCUACACGGCCGAGUGCGGCCACGGAUUCCACUUCGCAUGCGUGGCCUCGCUCGUGCGGGGCGCACGCAGCGGCUCUCUCGCUUGCCCGGUCUGCAACGCGGCUUGGAAGGACAUCCCGCUGCUCGCCAUCCACAAGAGCGCCAACAAAGAGGACGACAGCUCCGUCGUGGAAGACAAGAAGGUGAUGAUUCAGUCGUCCUCGCCGAGGACCCCCAACUCGGCCCGUUCGAGAAGCCGAUACGACGACGACGAGCCACUGUCGUCCCCAAGAUUCAUUCCCAUUCCAGAAUCAGAGGAAGCGGAGGAAGUCGAAGAGUUUCAGGGCUUCUUCGCAAACGCGAAGGCGACCCACGUCGAGUUCACGCUUUCGCCGGAGUCCGCCGCCGUGUCGGCGUCCAAAUCGCACGAGACCCGCGUGGUGGCCCUGCGCGCCAAGGCCCCGCCGGCGCCAAGGCCGCGGGGAUCGGCGUGCAGCCGCGCGCCGGUGGACUUGGUCGCCGUGCUCGACGUGAGCGGGAGCAUGGGCGGGGCGAAGCUGCAGAUGCUGAAGCGGGCCGUGCUGCUGGUCAUCUCGUCGCUCGGCUACGCCGACCGGCUCGCCAUCGUGGCCUUCUCGGCUAGCGCCAGGAGGCUCCUGCCCCUGCGGAGGAUGACGGCGCGGGGCCAGAGCGCCGCCCGGGAGAUCGUCGGCCGGCUCGCCUGCGGCCAGGGGACGAGCGUCGGCGACGCGCUGCGGAAAGCCACGAAGGUGCUCGAGGACCGGCGGGAGAGGAACCCCGUCGCCAGCAUAGUCCUCCUAUCGGACGGCCAGGACGAGAGGGCGCGCCACGACAGCGACGCGAAUCAGCGGCGGUCGAGGAGCCACGAGUCGUCCACGCGGUUCGCGCACGUGGAGAUUCCCGUGCACGCGACCGGCCUCGGGGAGGACCGCGCCGGCUGCGGGGGCGGCGGCCGCCGCCGCGAGCCGGCGGACGACGCCUUCGCCAGGUGCGUCGGGGGGUUGCUGAGCGUCGUGGUGCGGGAUCUGAGAAUCCAGCUCGGCUUCGCGGCUGGCUCGGCUCCGGCCGAGAUUGCGGCGGUCUACUCGUCCGGCGGACGGCCGAGACUGGUUGGGUCGGGGUCGGUUCGGCUGGGCGACUUGUAUGCCGAGGAAGAGAGGGAGCUCCUCGUCGAGCUGAGGGUCCCGGCAUCGGCCGUCGGCUCCCGUCACGUCUUGACCGUGCGAUGCUCUUACAAGGACCCGUCGACGAAGGAAGACGUGUACGGCGGGGAUCGGGCGCUCACGGUGCCGAGGACGGAAGCCCUCGGAUCGGAGGACGCGAAGAUCGGACGGCUGAGGAACCUCUUCGUGGUGACUCGGGCCUUAGCCGAGUCGAGGAGAUUAGUGGAGCGCGAGGAGUACAGCACCGCGCAUCAGUUGCUGGCAUCGGCCCGAUCCCUGAUAGCGCGGACCGGCGCGGCGUCGGCCGACGAUCACGCGAGGGCGCUGGACGCCGAGCUGGCGGAGGUGUGUUGGAGGAGGCAGGAUCGGGCGGAGCAGCAGAGGACGGCGCAGCGGUGGAGAGGGAACGACCGGAGGGAGGCGGCGGCGGGGCUGGUGGACGAGAACGGGGAGCCGCUGACGCCGACGUCGGCUUGGAGAGCGGCUGAGGAGCUGGCUAAGCUGGCUGAUAGGAAGAAGUCGAUGAGGAGAGUCAGAGACUUGCAUGGCUUUGAGAACGCUAGGUUUUAGGCAGCAGUAAAGAUGAAUUUUCCUUUUCUUUUCUUCUGUGUACUUCUUUUCACUUGGAUAUUGAAAAAGGGGGGUGUUAGAAAAUAGGUGAAGAAAAGGUAAAAUCAGACCAAAAAAAGAAGAGGGGGGGAAAAGCUGGAGAUUUGAUUUGGGUACUGUAUCGUAAUCUAUUUUGACUGGUCAACGAAGCGGUGCUGAUUGAGUGGGCUUGGUUUGGGCUUGAAGUCUUUGGCCUUUGUGGUCUAGAGGGAAAGAGAGGUACUUGGUCUUGUCGUUUUAUGGUCGCAUAGAAAGAGAUGUAGUAAGAUGAGAAGAGUGCCAUGAAAAGUGAGUUUUGGAUGAAA